CGCAGAACUCAAGGGACUGCUUGCCUGCCUGCCUGCCUGCGCUGCCUGCCUGCCGCUGAGGCCCGUCCGUGCCUAGCACCAGCCGAUAUUUCAACCUUCAGCUCUCGCAUCUUCCAGCCUCGUUUCUCGCAACUUCAUCAUCAGCUGCAAACCGUCUCGCUCAAACGCCUUGUGCUGCGUCCUAUCAUCCAUCUCUACCGCCUUUAUCAUACCGCUACAUCCAUAAGCGCUUCUCAAAGCACACGAUUAUCACAAUGGCAGAGGCAAAGCCCGCAUCGCAGAAGAUCUGGCUGAUCUCCAAUGACAACGCCACCAUGGAAGUUGACCGUGUCGUGGUCGAGCGCUCCAUGCUUUUGAAGAACAUGUUGGAGGAUUUGAGCCAUACCGACAUCACCCAAGACAACCCCAUCCCUAUCCCCAACGUCAAUGAAGCGGUCCUGCGAAAGGUAGUCGAGUGGUGCGAACAUCACCGCAACGAUCCCGUCACGACCCCCGACGACGAGUCGGAUGCCCGCAAGAAGACGACUGAUAUCGAGGAGUGGGACCAAAAGUUUAUGCAGGUGGAUCAGGAAAUGCUCUUUGAGAUUAUUCUUGCAUCCAAUUUCCUUGAUAUCAAGCCUCUCCUCGAUGUCGGCUGCAAGACUGUGGCCAACAUGAUCAAGGGCAAGUCUCCUGAGGAGAUCCGCAAGACUUUCAACAUCACAAAUGACUUCUCCGCCGAAGAAGAGGAGCAAAUCCGCCGUGAGAACGAAUGGGCUGAGGACCGAUAAAUCAUGGUCACUAUGGCUAUUAGUGCUUCUUGAAUCUUUGUUUUGCUGGUGGAGAGCAACAAUACGAGCCUAACUGUUUCCGGGGCUGUUUCAUAGAGCAACCUACGGCGUUGGUGGGAUUGAAAUGAUAGGGCUAUUGGUUUCUUUAAUUCUCUCCUUUUGGUCCUUUUUUCUCUUUUUUUUAAACCGGUAUUUGUUUUUGGGGCAAUGUUUUCGGGGCACGACAGACUAACAAAAGUCAAUCAAUUUUCAUGAGCUGGGGACGUGUCCCUUACGUUUACACAUGCGUUAGAUAUUAAUCUCUAACAUCUAUUUAAAUGGCCGUUUUAAUACGCCUGUUCCUCAUUGGUCAAACAUAAGCCUUCAAAAUGAUAUGAGAAUACUAAACAUUAAUGCGGCAG